CCAUCUGUCAGCAAAACAGGAAGGCAUGGGUUCCCUUUCUCUCCUAGGCUUGUUUCGCUAUUUAGGGAGAUUCACUUCUCCCUAUAUAGGAGGUAACUGAAAAUUGGUCACCGAGACUUCUUAAAGUGAGGGACAUGGUCUAAAGCUGCUGUUAUGCCCAUCUGCUACUGUACGAGGUGUAUUCAUUAUUAAUCGAGGCAGAGCUGGUGCUGUUCAGAUAUGCAGUCCUGCUUGGAGCAGCAACAGAAUAUGGAAACUGAAGAGGCUCAGGACAUUUCCCAACUGGCAGGUGAGACAGGGAAUAAGGAAACUGUUCCUGUAAAUGAACAGUCAGAAGAAGCAGAGCAGAUGCCUGUUCCUGAAGAUCUCUCUGCCAGUUCUGGAGGUCAGAACAAUCACCAGAGUGACAGGGUCAUGGAGACUGAAAAUUAUAUACAUCUACAGGCAAAAAUAUGCACAGCAAACUCUAUUAAAUUGGAAGCCCCAAGUGAUGAAGAGAAUGGGAGAGCCGGUGAUGCCAAUGGUGAAGAGUGUGCUGAAGAUCUACGCAUGAUAGAUACUUCUGGGACUAAUAUGAAUGGACCUCACAAUGGCCAAGACCACAAAACGUUUUCUGGAGUUGGGGGCAUUCGACUUCCAAAUGGCAAGCUGAAGUGUGAUAUCUGUGGAAUAAUUUGCAUUGGGCCAAAUGUCCUCAUGGUGCACAAACGUAGCCACACUGGGGAGCGUCCCUUCCAAUGCAAUCAGUGCGGUGCAUCUUUCACUCAAAAAGGCAAUCUACUUCGCCAUAUUAAGUUGCACUCUGGAGAGAAACCUUUCAAGUGCCAUCUUUGCAACUAUGCUUGCCGGCGUCGAGAUGCACUCACAGGCCAUCUACGCACUCAUUCCGUUGGAAAACCUCACAAAUGUGGCUAUUGUGGAAGAAGCUACAAGCAGCGCAGCUCACUCGAAGAACACAAAGAGCGUUGCCACAAUUACUUGCAAAGCAUGGGCCUGCACAGUGGCAUCUAUCCAGAGUUUCACAUGAAUUCCAGGCGUAUGGUUAAGAUUGGGGGAUCUCGGUUUAACUUCUCAUCCAAAAGGCUGCACCUCCGACAAUGCAUCGCACCCGCACACUGCAAUGUGAAAGAAGAAAGCAAACCACAUGAACUAACUGAAGGAGUGGGCAAGAUGGGAUCAGAGAGAGCUAUGGUACUGGACAGACUAGCAAGUAAUGUUGCCAAGCGCAAAAGUUCAAUGCCACAGAAGUUUGUUGGUGAAAAGACGCUGCAGUUUGGUAUUUCAGAGCUUCAAUAUGACGCUAAUUCAAAUUAUGAAAAGGAGAGUGAGAUGAUGCAGACUCAUGUUAUGGACCAAGCAAUUAACAAUGCUAUCAAUUAUCUAGGGGCCGAGUCUUUGCGUCCACUUGUCCAAACUCCUGCUGGAAGCUCUGAAGUGGUACCUGUUAUAAGCACCAUGUACCCCAUCCACAAAAGCCAUUCAGAUGCCCACAGUCGCGCUAACAGUGCAGCAAGCCAAGAAGGUGGAGUUGAAAAUGUGAUCCUGUAUUCAAAAACAAAAUCACAGUCAUCCGAAAGAGAAGCAUCUCCUAGCAACAGCUGCCCAGACUCCACAGACACAGAGAGCAAUAAUGAAGAACGGAAUAACCUUAUUUACCUAACAAACCACGUAACACAGGCAAGAAAUGGCUUGUCUUUAGUGAAAGAAGACCACAGAUCUUAUGACAUUAUGAAAGCAGGCAUGGAACCUGCUCAAGAAAUCUUCAAAGUGAUCAGUGGCGACGGAGAACAUGUUAAGACUUACAAAUGUGAUCACUGCAGAGUACUUUUCCUGGAUCAUGUGAUGUUUACAAUACACAUGGGGUGUCAUGGAUUCCGUGAUCCCUUUGAAUGCAACAUGUGUGGGUACCGCAGCCAGGACAGGUAUGAAUUCUCUUCACACAUAACUAGAGGAGAGCAUCGUUUUCACAUGAUAUAGUGAACAAUUUCAAUCCAACAUUUAAACUUUUGUUCCACCGUUUAGUGUGGUCGUUUCCAAGUUGCCUGAAAGGCAAGAAGCUAUUGGAUAGAAACUCUUCAAUUUUUUUAAAAUUUCAUUUACAUCUCUGAUCUGACUAUUGUAAAGUGCAAACGCAAUUAAUGCUGGAAAUAAUGCUGGAAAAUAUCACUAUACCUCCCAGAAAUAUUAACUCUGAAAGAAGGUACUUUGAGAUUGUAUUUAAUCAUAUGGCACUUAAAUUAUUUGCUUAAUAUUCAUGAUCAUUUGGAAAUGUAUAUGUGACCAGUUCAGUUCAAACCUCAGAUCGGUAGGUUGUUAAGUGCUUGUGUUUUGAAUUACUGUAGUUUGCAAUAUGGGGUAUUAGAGUUUCUAACAAUAUAGAGCUUUUAAGUCUAGAAUAUUUUAUAGAUAAUAUUGAUAGAGGUGUUAUUAGUGUUGUAAGUUGUAGGAAUAGGCACAAGAAAGUUUGUUAAGAGAAUCUAUUUGUACGUGAUCACCAGCUGAAUAUUAAAGAAAAACAAAAGAAAAUACAAUCAGCAGUAAAAUCCGUUAAAAGUCAAUAGUGUCUGUAUUAUAUCUUGAAAUCCAUAUUUUACUGGGAACUUGUGCCUAAUUAUUUUGGCUAGAUUAUGGAAAAACAUAAAAUUUCAUUUGUGGCAUAAAUGUAUAGCUAUUUACUCGUGUAAAUCCACAUUGCAGACACAAUAAAGUUUAGUUUAUUUAUUUCAGUGUUACAUUUUAAGUUAGACUGAUAACCUCCAAGUCCUGAAUGAAGUAUAUUGAGUGGAUAUGUGUUUCUUUAAUUCAUAUGCCUUUUGACUGGUACAGUCGUAUGGGUAGUAGAGUGGUGGCACAGUAUACUGGGCAUCUAAAAUCAGGAAACUAAAAUCUAAAAACUAAAGUCAACAAAUAUCAUACAGCCCCAGUGGCCAUUAUCUAUAGUUAACUGUGAAUCGCUUUGAGACAUCUCGAUGACGUGAUAAAGUGCUUUAUCAAAUGCAAAGGAUUAUAUUAUUAACUUAAUUUUAAUUUUUGAGAUUGCUCUCAAAUGCUCCAGCAACCCUGUGCUUCCACCCCACCCACUAUAUUUUAAAGCUUUACUGUCCAAAGCAUUUUGUUACAUAAAGACAUUAUUUGUCUUGUAGAAAAUGAAUGAUAUAAGUUAUGAGUUUCAAAAUGAUAAGCCACCCUCAGCCAGUUAUACUGAAGUUCUGUGCAUGUUUUGUAUCACACCUGUUGACCAGAAAACUGUUAAAGUGUCUAAUUAAGUUGUUAAACUUCUUGAGCAACUUUCACAAUUAUCCAAAUACAAGGCUCAGUUUUAUCACUUUUGACAAGGUUUUUGCAAGAUUAUAAACUGGUAUUCUGAAUGCAGUGUAUCAAGAAUUUUAUGUUCAGGAGUGUCUUAAAUUUUAUAAGAUUUUUCAAUACUUUACAAUGCAUUAGAAAAGAGAAAUACCAAUUUUAACUCAGCAAAAUUACACAGGGAAAGAAAAGCUGAGAAACUUCUGCUUGCGUUCAGUUUGCAUGUACUGUUUUAGAGAAGAUCAGAGAUUUCUGAUAUUCAAAAGCCUUUGAGGUAUUUUGGUACAAAGAGCAGAUACAACUUUAUGUUCACAUUUUACAAGUUGUAAUAUCUUCAUGCUAAUGCAGUUUAUUAGUCACUGUUAUCAGCUCAGAUUUUUAACAAAAGAUUCAGUAUGUUCAGUAUAUUUCUGCUAGAACUUAUACUAUAUUGGUUGCCUUCUUGAUCUCUGGAAAAGUUAUGAUAAUAUGCUUGCAGUUGCCAAAAGAAGUAUUAAAAUUGAAAAAAAACUC